AUGAUUCAAGCUGAUUUAAAAAACAAAAAUCUCUCUCCAAACAAAAUAAAUCGCUCUGGUAAUUUUUUUAAUAAAGUGUUUUAUGAUAAAGAUAAUCUUGAUAAAAUAAUUCCUUAUUCUUAUAUUGUUACCUUCAAACCAGGUUAUCCAUCUGAAGAAAUCGAAUUACAUAAGAAAUGGGUUCAGUCUAAACAAUUAAGCGCUGUGAAAAAUUUAAUUGAGAUUUCUGAUUUCACAAAUCCUUUUUUUCUUGCUUUGAAUAAUGAUGAAAACGUUAAUGAUAAAACUGCUGGUGGAAUUGUUACUAGUUUCGACAUUGGUGAAUCUCAAAACAAAUUGUCUGGUUAUUCGGGUUAUUUCUUGGAUGAAGUUGUUGAUGCCUUAUUACAAGAUUCUCACAUUGAUAUAAUUGAAAGAAAUAUGAGAGUUUCAACUUUGGAAAAAGUUGAACAAUUAGGUGCUCCCUGGGGUUUAGCCAGACUUUCUCACAUCAACAAGUUAGAUGUCAACACCUUUAACAGAUACCUCUAUGAUGAUACUGCUGGUCAGGGUGUAACUUCUUAUGUGAUUGAUACAGGUAUUAACAUCAACCAUGAAGAAUUUGAAGGUAGAGCUGUUUGGGGCUCGACAAUUCCAAGAAAUGAUUUUGAUGAAGAUAAUAAUGGUCAUGGAACUCAUUGUGCUGGUACUAUUGCAUCCAAAACUUAUGGUGUCGCUAAAAAAAGUAAUGUUGUUGCUGUUAAAGUAUUAAGACAAAAUGGUACUGGUUCCAAUUCUGAUGUGAUUAAAGGUGUCGAUUUUGUUGUAAAAUCGCACUUGAGGGAAUCCAGGGAGGGAAAUCCUAAUUUUAAAGGCUCAACUGCUAAUAUGUCUUUAGGUGGAGGAAAAUCUCUUGCUUUAAAUAAGGUGGUUAAUAUAGCUGUUAGAUCUGGUGUCCACUUUGCUGUUGCUGCUGGUAAUGAAAAUCAAAACGCCUGCAAUAGUUCUCCUGCUAGUGCAAGAAAUCCAAUCACUGUUUCAGCUUCAACAAUUACCGAUGAAAGGGCAUACUUUGCCAACUAUGGAGAAUGUGUUGACGUCUUUGCUGCUGGUCUCAACGUUCUCUCAACCUAUAUUGGCUCAAAUACUGAAACUAGAGUUUUAUCAGGAACCUCAAUGGCUGCACCUCACGUCUGUGGUUUAUUAUCUUAUUUUCUUUCUUUAUACCCAGAUAGCACAUCAGAAUAUGGUUCCGAAGAUGUGGUUUCGCCAUUCGAAUUGAAAAGAAAAGUCCUUGCCUUUGCCUCCAGAAACUUGCUAACAGAACUUCCAGCCAACACCCCUAAUCUCCUUGCUUAUGGUGGUGGUGGUGACGAUCUCUCUGGUUUCUGGGAUUUGUAG